UGAUGUGGGUUUCAAACGUAUUCGAAACGAGUUCAAAGAUAGACGUACCGUACAACAGUUUAGAGAAUGUUUUGUAAAAUUCAAAUAUUUCUACUCUUCUUUGUAAUUGGAGAAUUAACAAGAUUUUGUUGUGGAAAUGCUGUGGAUUCUGAAGAUUUUGUAGAUGAAGACAGUAGUAAGAGGAGACCUCGUUCAUUAUUCUCGGACUUAUUUUCCUAUUUUGAUGAUAAUAGCGAAGAAUAUGAGGAUUAUAAUAGCCGUAGUGAAGAAAAGGAAAAUACUAAAACUUCCAGAAACAAAAAAUAUGAAAUUUGCCGGGAUUGCAAUAUCUCGUAUCAAAAUCUAAAUUCGUUGCAAUAUAUCAAUCAUUAUUAUCAUCAUCCUCAGAAUGAGGAGGCAACGACAAUAACAACAACAAAAACAACAACGAUAGCAAAUAAUGGUAAACCAUCACCAAGGGCCUUGGGCCUUGAGCCAAUGCCAAAAGCAACAAUACAAAGUGCACAAACAACAAUGACAUCGACUACAUCAACACCAAGUGCUAACAAAUCGGCUAACCAGGCUACAAUUACCAGCACACCCAACAACGAUACUGCUAAAAAUACACAAAACUCUAAGACGGCGCAGGCCGCUGAUGGCAAAGAGGCUAGUAAGGCUGAUGCCCAGGCGGAAAGCACCACAGUUCAGGCAACAACCCAGACACCCCCAACCACAACUGCCGCCGCCGCCGCGGUUGUCACAGAAACCACAACGCCUAAAAGUGAGGACAAGGACCCUACCUCCAGCGCCGGUUCCACUUGAUCCAUUAUUGGAGCCAUCGGAGAGCAUGCCAUCAGAGGAGGCAUUAACAUCGGAGGAAAAUGUGUAGAUAUCUAAGACAAUAAAGAUGAGGAGAGAACAAAACAAAUCAAUUAUCAAUAAUAAGAAAUUAUUGUUAAACAAAAAAACAAAACAAAAACCAAAUUAAUUAAUCAUCUAAAUUGUUGCAUACAA